ACACCCAGCAUGAUCACCCCAUAGUUUUCAACCACCGCACGCAACACAACACAACACAACGCAACCGGCAAAAUGCCCGCCCUCGAAAUAUCCGGGUCCACGGCCCUGGCACUCCUGCCGAUCCUCAUCAUCGCGCUCCUCCCAAUCCUCCGACGCCUCCAAACCCAGCUCAGCACCCUCCGUUCACCCAAGCAAUCGCACGAGAUCGUCGCCCUACGCAUCUACCCGAUAAAAUCCUGCCGCGGCAUCACCCUCCCACGAACCAAGCUAUUAGAGCAGGGCCUAGCCCUGGACAGACGGUGGAUGAUAGUCGACGCAGAGACGCACAGCUUCCUCACCAUCCGCCAGAACCCGCGCAUGACGUUGAUCACGACGGCUCUCACCUCCACCAAUCCCAACGAUUCCAACUCCAACGCAGACCCCCAAGAACUCAAUCUACAAAUCACCCUCCCGCCCCCCGAAACUGAAAAUGACACCAACACCAAUACCUCCCCCAAACCCACAACCCUAAUAAUCCCCGCCCACCCAACCGCAACCUACCUGUCAACCCACACAACCCUAGCCCACGACAUAAAAAUCUGGGACACAACAACGGACGGCCACAUCUACAACGAAGAGAUCAAUGCCGCCAUUAGCGCUUUCAUGGGCCGUCCCGUAGCGCUAGUGUACAAGGGACCCACGCCGCGGAUUUUGAAGGGAAACGGGGACCCGCGACUGCUGGGCCGGGAGCAAUCCACAAAUUUCCCCGACGUGCAUCCCGUGCAGAUUGCGUCGGAGGCGUCGUUGGCGGAGUUGAAUACCCGUUUGGUCGCGCAGGGCGAGAAGGCGAUUACCAUUGAGCGGUUUCGGCCGAAUAUCAUCGUUAAGGGGGUGGUGCCGUGGGAGGAGGAUCGGUGGAAGACUGUUCGGAUUGUUGCUUCUGGCGGUUCGGAGGGGAGUGACGGGAAAGGGAAAGGGAAGCCGGGGAAGAAUGGAAAAGACCUGGUGCUCGAUAUCGUGGCCCGCUGUGCCCGCUGCCACGUGCCGAACGUCGAGCCCGCCACCGCCGAGGAACAUCGCAAGCAGCCGUGGGACACGCUCAUGGCGUACCGCCGCGUCGACGAGGGCAUGAAGUACAAGCCGUGCUUCGGCAUGCUGAGCGCCCCCCGUGCGGAGGGCGAGAUCGCCGUCGGCAUGCGCCUGGAGGUGCUGCAGGAGACUACCGCUCAUCGCUAUAUUGCCGGCUUUUAGAACUAACCCCACUCACCACCCUCACUCAGUUCAACUACUAGAAGAUAUGCGUCCCGG